AUGAUCAGAGUGGUGUCGCCAACCCCCUAUGCUCUGGGGCUACAGAAUCAGUCAGGGGAGCAGGGGUGUGUGCCCGUGUACAUGCACACAUGUGGGGUGCCGCAUGAGCCUCCCCCAGAUGCUGCUUCCCAGAGCCUCAGAGCCUUGGCUGUUCCUCUGGGUCUGUAUGUGGCCAAGAGCACAGCCCAGAUGUGCAUCCCAGAGACCAGGUUCCGGGCUCCGGUGGAGAAUCAAGACCUGAGCGAUCCAGGAGAGGAGGACGGUCCUGCCAAGCGCCCGGGAGCGGAGCGAGCACCCGAGAGCCAAGCCGCGCUGCCGAAUGGACCAGGAGACCCGGCGCGGCUGAGCCCCCUCUCCUCUUUUCUCUCUGCCAGCCUCGGGGUACUCGAACCCUCGGAGACUUACACCCUGCCCAUGACCAGGUCCAGCUGGGAGCCCUGGCUGGUUUCUCCAUUUCCAUCACGCCCUUCCACCUGCUCCACAGGGGCCCAAGCCAUGGCUGAACCCACUGGGCAGGGCCCCAAGAACCCACGUGUGUCCAGUGUGACGGUCCAGCUGGAGAUGAAGGCUCUGUGGGAGGAAUUCAACCAGCUGGGCACAGAGAUGAUUGUCACCAAGGCAGGCAGGAGGAUGUUCCCCACCUUCCAGGUGAAGAUUCUAGGCAUGGACUCGCUGGCCGACUACGCCCUGCUCAUGGACUUUGUGCCCCUGGGUGACAAGAGAUACAGGUACGCCUUCCACAGCUCGGCCUGGCUGGUGGCGGGCAAGGCGGACCCGGCCACGCCCGGCCGCGUGCAUUUCCACCCUGACUCACCGGCCAAGGGAGCGCAGUGGAUGCGCCAGAUCGUGUCCUUCGACAAGCUCAAGCUGACCAACAACCUGCUGGAUGACAACGGCCACAUCAUCCUCAACUCCAUGCACCGCUACCAGCCCCGCUUCCACGUGGUCUUCGUGGACCCACGCAAGGACAGCGAGCGCUACGCCCAGGAGAACUUCAAGUCCUUCAUCUUCACAGAGACCCAGUUCACAGCCGUGACAGCCUAUCAGAACCACCGGAUCACCCAGCUGAAGAUCGCCAGCAACCCUUUUGCCAAAGGCUUUAGGGAGAGUGACCCAGACUCCUGGAUGGUGUCUCCACGGCCCCUGCUCGAUGUCCCAGCCCGGAGUCAUGGCAGCCUCAGCCCCUGCCUGUCGAAGGGCUCCACGGAGCAGAAGAAAGACCCCAACAAAGCUCCAGCUUCUGCCUCCAGGACCCCUGCCCGGCUCCACCAUCAGCUGUUGGCUCCCCCUGAAGCUCUGCUGGCCCCAGCCACCUACCGGCCUCUCGCCUACCCGGACCUGUACCCUGGAGCCUCGGGCGCUCUUAGAAUCCCAAAGGCUCGACCGACACCAUACCCCCUCCCCAAUAUCCAGGCUGACAGGGAUCAGGAGGGCCUGCCCCUUCAAGCUGGGCUGGGGCUCCUGUCCCCUCCUGCCACGUGCCUGGGUUCCCACCAGGCCUCUCAGUGAUGGUGGCUGCCCUGAGGACAGUCCUCUUACC